AUGCCAUGUGGGACGGAGGUCCCCUGGCAGGCUGGGGGCAAAUGGGAACCUAGCGGGGCAAAGAGGAGCACCUUGAGAGAAGGGCUCUUCCUGGCCCCGCCCUCCUCCCCGCUUCAGCAUGCCUUCCCUGGGCCCGGAGGACUGUGCCGACCCCUGCACCGCUACGACCGAGGCCGGCCAGGCUGGCAGACGACUGCCCCGGCCCCUCUGCCUGAGGAUGCGAGCAGAGGAUUGUGCAGGCCGCUGUCCCACGGGGAGAGGGGUGUCAGGGUCUGCUCCCAGGGGGUUUCUGCGCAUCUGAGUCCUUGGUGGGCCCGGCUGCCAGCAGUCUGGCAAGGAGGCCGUGCUGUGGGCCGGCCCAGAACGCUGAGACUGAGGUGCCGCUUCCUUCCACAGCAACUGGUCUACUGGGCCCAGGUGGACUGGGAGGCGCCCAGGUACCGGUCCACAACCAUCAUCGCGAACCUGCUGGGCAUCAUGAAAGAGCUACCUUCCAUCAGUAUCCUGGAGGAGGACGUCCUGGGCCAUGUCGUGGUGCAGCUGGCGGUCUCCCUGGCCGACCCGGAAGAAGGCAUCCAGCAGAAGGCCAGGGAAGUGAUGAGCCAGCUGCUCACCAUGCUUCUCCACCGGCGGCGGGGUGAGUGA